CCACCGACCCACUAUUGGUGCUGUCGUGGGCAAUAUACGAGGCCGGAGGUUUACCAAAGAUGUUAAAUUGUUUGUUAAACUCGCCGGAAAACGUUGUCGGGAACGGUACGGAAGUGAGUUUGCUGGAGAGACAGCGAGCAAGGUUGGAAUGGCUAGACAAGCUUCAGCAGCCUCAACAACACUAUGUUACCAACGUCUCAAACAAUUCCAUUGAAUCCCACGUAAACCCUCGGCAUCGGAGUCUGAUCAGUGACAACUUGUUGCAUGGGGAGCCGGAGCACCAAGACGAUCCGUCAGCUAAGGCUGAUGUGCAAAUUUUGGGUGAUGAUAGUUUUCCCGGUAUUGCAAAUUUUGGAAAAGAGUUGGGUUUUGUGUCGCCGGAGUGUAGGAGUAGCGCUUUAACUUUUCAUCAGGAGCAGUCUCUUCUGAGGACUUGUAGUCGCCUGCCGGUGGCGGUGGUGGAGGAGAUGGAAUAUGUUUUUGACAAAGACAGGUUGAAUAAGAGAAAAGCAGAGUUUGUUGUAGCAGUGGAAUGUAAAGACAAGAGGAUCAAAGGAGAUGCAGAAGGAGUUGAAUCUGCAGCCAGUGAGAAAAGCUGUGGAGAAACUUCACAGGAGAAUUCCAUGGCUCUAGAGGUUCAGAAGCCCGACUACAUUCAUGUGCGGGCUCGACGAGGACAGGCCACUGACAGCCAUAGUUUAGCAGAAAGGGCAAGAAGGGAAAAGAUCAACAAUAAGAUGAAAUAUUUGCAAGAUAUGGUUCCUGGUUGCAGCAGAAUCCUGGGCAGGGCUGGUAUGCUCGAUGAAAUCAUCAACUAUGUUCAAUCUCUCCAUAGACAAGUCGAGUUCUUGUCAAUGAAGCUUGCUGCUUUAAAUCCGCAGCUAGAGAUCAACACAGAUAACUUUGAGAAAGAGUUUCCUGCUUACAUCACCAGUUUUCCAACAGCCACUAGGCCAUCAGCAGUCGCCAAUUUGCCUUCCCUUCAGCUUAAUCCAGUUCAACAAGGAAACACAAGCUGUGAACUAGAUGUGCUGAUAAGCUCUUCUGCAACUCUCCCAGAACUAUAUCCAGAUUCAUCCUCCUUCUCUAAAGUUCAAUCCUUUCCAACCUGGGAAAGUGGUUUGCCAAGGCCUUAUAAUGUGGGGUUUCAUUGAGGAAUAUCAGCAGCCCCUUCAUGCACAGAGGGUGAGGAAGGAGGACCACACCAGAGGUAUCACAGAAGCCAGAUAAUGAAAGAAGAUAAGGCUCAAGAACAAUGGUUAGAGACAGGAAAGCAUUGUAGGGGGAGGGGCUGAUGAAAAGGGAAGAUGCUGCUGACUAAUUGACCCACAUGUUGUUGCUCUGUCGGAUCAACUUGGUUUGGCUGAGAAAUCUAGGGCUAGGGCUGGGCUUGUUUGGAUUUGUGAUUUUUUUGUACUCUGUGGAAGAGAAAAGCCAUUGGAUAAGACAAUGAAA